AUGGCUAAACUUGUUAUGCACCACGUGUCGCCGAGCAUGCAAAUUACCCAAAUGAGCCAAUGCGGUGGUUCACUGAUUAACAAUGAGUGGAUAUUGACUGCCGCCCACUGUCUUAAUAAUUUCGCUAACGGAGAUGACAUCACUUUCAUUGACGCAACUUUUGGUGAUAUUGAUAGAGAUGCUGACCAAGGAAAACGCGUUCAUCAUGGUUACGACAAUCAAACUUUUCACAACGAUAUCGCCCUGCUUAAGUUAUAUGAACCGCUAGAUCUGGAAGGUAUGGCAAACUUUCUCGAGCCCGUAUGUUUGCCCGAGGCUAACGAACAAAAGCGUGUGGGCACGCUGUGCGUGGCCACCGAUAAAUUUGAUCCCAAUACUGAUUAUUGCGUCGGAAAUGAAACGGAGGCUGAAUGUGUCUAUAAGGGAGACAGUGGCGGACCCCUAAAUUGCCAACUGGCCACCGGAUUUUGGGUGGCAGAGGGUGUUGUGUCCUAUGGCACUGAUGUUGGUUGCGGAAUGGAAAGAUCACCUAGCAUUUUUACCCGCGUUUCUGCCUAUAUACCAUGGAUUAAAUCGAUUAUUGAGCCAAAAUUUUAA